GCGCACGUCCAUUGGCCGGCUGAGCGAGGGGAGGAGCCGCUGGCUCUGGCCGCCGCCGCGAUGAUCCUGGGCCGCCUGAGCCGCUUUAGCCGCCUGCUGAAGCCAGCGCUGCUGUGCGGUGCCCUGGCUGCUCCCGGCUUGGCCGGUACCAUGUGUGCGUCCCACGAUGACUGGCGCUGCUGUCGCUCCAUGCAUGACUUCUCAGCCAAGGAUAUCGACGGGCAUAUGGUUUGCCUGGACAAGUACAAGGGCUUUGUGUGCAUCGUCACCAAUGUGGCCACCCAGUGAGGCAAAACCGACGUAAACUAUACUCAGCUAGUCGACCUGCACGCCCGAUAUGCUGAGUGCGGUUUACGGAUCCUGGCUUUUCCCUGCAACCAGUUUGGGAGGCAGGAGCCAGGGACCAACGAGGAGAUCAAGGAGUUUGCCGCUAGCUAUAAUGUCAAAUUCGACAUGUACAGCAAGAUCUGCGUGAACGGGGAGGAUGCCCACCCGCUGUGGAAGUGGAUGAAAGUCCAGCCCAAGGGGAGGGGCAUGCUGGGAAACGCCAUCAAGUGGAACUUCACCAAGCUUGCCAGGCCCUGCCCCUACCGACACAGGCCUCUUCUCUCAGUUCCUCAUAGACAAGAACGGCUGUGUGGUGAAGCGGUAUGGUCCCAUGGAGGAGCCCCUGGUGAUCGAGAAGGACCUGCCCUGCUAUCUCUAGCCCCACAAGCUGUGCCCCUGCCGAGCCUCUGCCCACGCCCCCAGAGCCUUCUACCUGGCAACUAUGACGGCCCGCCUGCAAACCAGCCUUGCUGGUGGGGCGGGCCUGAGAACCUGGCGUGCACCUGCCAGAGGAAGGUCCUGUGGCUCCGUGGGCUUAGCUCCGUGCCCCACCUUGGCUACCUUGUGGGAAUAAAAUGUAGAAAUCCAUCUCUGUUGUACUGCCUGGGGGUGGGGCUCCCGCAGGGUUCAGAGAGCUGCUGUGGGAUCUGGGUUAGCUGCUCGGACUGUGCUGAUCCCCAAAGCUGGGCCCCAGGGCACAGGCAGGAACUGGUCUUGGGAGAGGAUUCCUAGAGGAGUUAAUUCUCCUAAGCUGCAGUUCUUCUUGGCAAAGGUGUUAACCCAUCAGGAGGCAGUCAUUUGAGAUCUGCAAGAACCCCUGUCCUCCCUAAUUCUUGGAGGCUGCAUGCAGCCAAAGAUGGGAGGGUCAGGGCCCAGGGACACUAGUCAGGGUGACCAUGCCUGCCCUCUGGGCUGCAUCUUUCCUGGGGUUCCUAGGGGUGUCACUAAAUGGUCUUCUCUGAGGUCUGGGCAUGGACUGUGGCCAGGAAGGAACUGUGGACCAACAUAAGCUGCUGUGUGGAGAGGUCCAGGCUGGCUGGCUGCCUGCAGUUUGAGGAAAGUGGGCCUGACCAGGGGCUGGCAGGGUGGCUGAGCCCAGCUGUCCCCUGGUCUCUCCUGCCUUCUAGGAAUACUUCAGGAAAGGCCAGCAGCAGGGGAUGAGUCCACUGGGGUCAGGGAGGGGCUGGAGGGAUGAGGGCCCCCAAGCCCACUCCUGGCUCCUGCUGUUUGUCCUCCCCUCUCCUGAGCCCCUGGGCCAGAGACCAGGCGUUGCUGAGGGAAAGCAUGUGUGCUCCUUCAGAAGCCAGAGAGGCCUGUCCUGAGCCCUGAGAGCGCAGGGUGGGUCCCCAGGGACAUCCAGAUGGCUUCCCUGAGGCCUCCCCAGCACUGGCGCAGGAGCUGGUAGGUUUCCCUUCAUGGCCUGCAGUGGCCUGUGUCCACCCCAGCAGGUGUCAGUGCCCUCAGCUGUGGUUUGGCCUGGGGUACCCUCCCACUCCCAGCCAUAGGAGCAGCAGACUGCGGGAAGUAGGCAAAAGGCACAUGUAUUUAGAAAAGAUCUCUUUACAUAUAUACACUAGAAUUAAUUAUAAAUACUUAGAAACUAGAGGCCACCUGCCCGCAGAUCUGGGGCCAGGGAGAGGUGGCCAGGCAAUAAUUUAGGGAGCGAGGGGAAAGGAUUGCAUAUAUAUUAAUGGGGAUCUGCCCCACGGAGCCCCCCAGUGGCGGGGCCUGAGCACCGGGGUUUCCUGAGUUGGGACCACCAGCUUUGCAGCUUUAGGGCCUGGGCUGGGUGGUCCUGUGGGGCCUGGCUGAGGGCCCUGCACCCGGGUAGUCCUGAGUGGGCCUGUGCUGGCGCUACGGGGGUGCCAGUCGGUGGGGAAGGCACUGCAGGGUGCUGGUGGGCCCCCAGUGGUCGCAGGGUCCGCCGGGGCUCCUGCCGGCUCCCAGGGAAGCUGCUGUAGUGCAGCAGCUGGACAGCCAUGGUUCAGGAGCAGUCUAGGAGUUGGGAAAAGGCGGGCUGAAUUGGAUCACACUCUGCCGCUCUGGGCCUGCAGCACCUGCACCCAGCGGGCCCGAGGGCUCUGCAGGCCCAGCGUUCAGGGAGCGCAGCAUGUCCUCCAGCACCUCCUUGAAGUUGAUAUCGCAGCCCUGGUGUGCCAGUGUGGCGGGGUCGGUCACAGAGUCCCGGGUGCCCAGCAGCAGCGCACCAGGGUCUGGGGGUGGCGCAGGGAAGGCGAAAUGCAGAGGUGGUGGGAAGGUUUCUGCUGGUGGGCUGUAGGUGAGGUCCAGCA